CACUCACGUAACAUCAUAACAGUUCAGCGUGAGCAAGAGGAAGCAGUGCUGACACUGCAGCCUGAUGGCUUCCAGCUUGAACCCCAGUCUGCUGCUGAUGGGCAGGUGCAGCUGUCAGGGGCAGUCGGAGGAGAAGUGUAGCACCAGCAUCCUCUACCAGCUCCUGAACCGGGGCUGCCAGUGUGGGGCUGCCCAAGAGAGGACGCUUUUAUCCCCAUGGGCCGCUAGCAAGGCAGCCUCCGAGGUACUGCUGAAAACGGUGGAGUUUGUAAAGAAGCUGCCCUCCUUCCUGGCACUGCCCCCCCAGGACUGUGCCAAGCUGCUCCAGGAAGGCUGGGUGCCACUCUUUCUGUUGGGUUUGGCUCAGGAGAAGCUGGACUUCCACCUAGCGUCACCCAAAAAGAGCAUCCUGCUGGGGAUCCUGACAGAAAAGCAGCAGCAACAGGGAGACUCUGGGGGACAAUACAGGGAGAAGCUGGGGAAAGCCAAAGAGUUCUUGAACCAGUGCUGGAGUCUGGAUAUAAGCACCAAGGAGUAUGUCUAUCUCAAAGGGAUUGUCCUCUUCAGUCCUGCUGCCCCAGGCUUGCUGUGUCCCCAUCACAUCCACUACCUUCAGCAAGAAGCCAAGAUGACCUUACAGGAGCACAUGAACUCCCUGCACCCUGGCGCCCCCUCUCGACUCUCACAGCUCCUCCUGACCCUCGAUGCCCUGCGGACCAUCAGUGCCAGGGGCAUCACAGAGCUCUUCUUCCAGCCAAUCAUAGGAAACACAGACAUGGGGGUGCUGCUGCUGGAGCUGCUUUACCCCAGCUAAUGCUGACUUUUCACCUGCUCUGAACUGAACUGAGGGAUGAAGCUGCAAUACACAAAAACUGCUUUUACAAUAUUCCAGAAUGAUAUUCGUGAGUCAUUGUGCCAGACAGCUCCCUAUCACCCAUACAGGUCCACUAUUAUUAAAAAACUCCAGAUUGUUCAUAUAUGAAAAAGAAAUAUAAAUAUAUCACAACUGUAUUUCAUAUUUCGUAGUUUUCAUGAAUUGUCUUGGUCCUGCUAAAUGUAUACAAGCUACAUCUAUCAUAUAUUUAUGACGUAUGUUCGUUUAAAAUAUUUUUUAAAUCUAAUAAAUUCACAAAUAUAUGUUUUUAGAUAUGUAAUUGUAUAAAAUUGGCAUAUGGAUUUCAUUUCAGUUUUAAAUAUUUUGUUUGGAUGUAUUUCACAUGUUGUGCUUUUUAUAUGUGCAUGCUUAGUUGCUCCUAUAUGAAUUUCAUCAUACCAUAUCAACAAGAAAGACAACUUCUUCCUGAAGUCCUACUGCAUUUACACACUGUUGUGACCUUUCUUCUCAUCAUCUGUAUUUGUAUUAUCAAAUGGGAUGUAGAUGGAACGUGCACUUUGUGAGUGGAAAUUAUUCAUACUGGAGUCUACAGGAAUCCAAUCCAGCCAUUAGUUUAAAAAAACGAAAAUAUUGGGGAUUCCGGAGGAAGCGUUGUAUUUGCUCUGGCGCUCCUGCGGGUUAAGGAGGACUGUGUCUCCUCAUCGCCCUCCAGAGGCUGGAAGCUUGCUGACAUCUGCUGUCGAGUUCCUGGGUGUAAAGAAGAGUUUGGGGAUUGGAGAAGGCCCACUGAAACAGCUGAGCCCUCUAAAUAAAACGAAAUAAACAAAUAAACAAAGCAUAACCCAACUUCCCCAACACUCACUUAUUAACAGUACUGCAAUUACAAAUGUGUAUCUUUUACUUGUUUUUCAUUGAGGUAAGUUGUAUUGCACUGUACUGUCAAUUUAUGACCAAUUACACAUUUAUUAGUAUUAUUAUCCUUACUGCAUUUGACUAAACAGCAAAACACCUUGAUGGGCUAAAAUGUGAACUAAUAAAUAUAUAGAGAGAGAAAUAAGCAAUGAUAAU